AUGAAUAACUCGAGUCCUUCGGGACAAUACAUUGACGAUGAGAUUCCCGAUUACAGCACUCUAUUCGGUAAUUACUUGUCAUUUACGGGAUUACUUAAUAACGAGCGCGCGAUAGACAUCGAGGACAUUAAAUUUGAUGAUAUAUUCGACGAUAAACUGGAUAUAAACAAAGACCAGAGUCCGGCACAAGACUUAGGCAUUUAUCCAGAAAAAUGUGAAGUGUUUGGCGCCGGAGUCUAUUACGGACAGGUGGACUCUAAAAAUCAUUUUGUCGUGUCAACAAAAGACAGCGGAAAGAGUUAUCUAUCUGUUGGCGUCCAAAGUGUUGAAUCGGAUGACGUGAUAGAAGUGUCGUUCGCACGGAUCGGUCCCAACAGAUAUGAAGUGCAAUACCAGGUGUCGAGACCCGGAUAUUAUGUUAUAUUCGUUAAAUGGGGUGAUUAUAAUGUGGCCGACAGUCCAUUCAUCUGCAAAGUCACCAUUUUCUUACAAAUGAUCUUAAAUACCGGAAAACAACUGCAAUUGAAAUACAAAUUGAGAGAUAACUGUAAAUUAAUUUGUGGAUCAAAUUAUCAUCAAAUGGUUGAGUGGAUCGAAGCGCCCAAAUGUGUUCACUCACUCACUGCGGGACUAAUGUUGUCGUUGUUGUUGGGUUUGGCCAUUCAGGCCAACAUUGGCUUCGCGUCGUCGACCUGUGAUAGGACUGGACAGCAUUUAGAGACGGGAAACACGAAAUGCGAGUACAAUAACCACAGGGUUUGGGCGCUUUCCAUCUUCUAUUCGGGUGCUUUCGUGUUCCUCAUUGGAGUGCUCGCCAACUGUCAGUCCAGUGGCUAUAUUAUGGUCAUUCAUAUGGUAGCUCUGGUCGGUUGGCUGGGAGUGAUCGGCGGUUUAGCAGUUUAUAGGAUGUCUUCGGAGAGCAUUGCAAUGAACGCCGGCUUCACUUCGAUUACCGAAGAAGUGAUUCGUGACAAAUGGGGUCUUUGGGCAGAGAUUACUCGCUGGGUUCUGGCCAUCUGUGGCAUCUCAUCCUUCAAAUUUAUUCCCAUAUUAGAGAGAUAUAGAGUACCGAUUCCUAUGGACUGUCCAUUCCAUCCGCAGCGGGACUUCUUGUGGUGGCCCGACGUGGAGGACGAGUACGAGUUGGACGAUGAGCUGAGUUUCCAGUGGACGUGUCCUUUCUGUGGCUCCACAUUCCUCUGCGCCGAACGACUGGCCAUUCAUUGGGACGAAAAACAUCGAAAUGACUUCAAUCACCCCGAAGACUCGGUUUGUUUGGCCGACUUUUGCGAUAUUAUGAGAUGUGAUGUAAUUAUUGCAAACAAACGGAAACGAAGGAAUCGGUUGAGAUCUCUGGCCUUAUCUAAAAAUAAAACAGAACUUAAUAUUCAGACUAAUUGUGAUCCGAAACACAUGAAACACUUAGAGACCAAAUGCGAGACAAUUGUCCGCCAAUGCACUCAAGGCUUGAUCUCAAAUAUUUCAUCGAAAGACUAUCGCGAUAUUGAAUAUGAAUUGAUUGCAAGCGUUUGCUCUUAUCUAACGUGUGAUCGAUAUCUCGAUGACUAUUCAUUUGAAUCUCGUCAACUGAUUGCUAAGUCUAUAGCGUUGUUGCAAAUUAAAGUCAGCAUGAGAGCACCCGUAGACCUCCGCAACCAUUAUUACCUUAGAUUCAAUGCAUUGUCCGGAAAAGUAAUCGUUUCUGGCUAUAAAUCGAGGGCUGAAUUAAUGUCACGCGAAUCGGUAGAGGAGGACAGCCGUAGUGUUUACCAUAGGAUAGAAGAGUUAAAAUUAAAACAAAUGAGAGCAUUAGCGGUGAAGAUCACCACUCGAGUGGCAAUCGUCCAAAAAUAA